CAGAGUCACCGGAACCAUGGAUAGGGGAGAGGGACGCUUCGAAAUUUCGAGACGUAUGCGCCAGCUUUAACCGUAUGACCAAUGAAAUCGAAGGAAGCGACGAUUGUCUUUACCUCAAUGUAUACAGGCCAACAAGCACUGCUCUAAAAAAAUGCGCUGUCAUGGUGUGGAUCCAUGGUGGUGGCUUCGUCGCCGGAUCCGGAAAUGACACUUUCUAUGGGCCUGACUAUCUGAUACGGAAGGAUAUUGUUCUAGUAACGAUUAACUACCGGCUAGGCGUCUUAGGUUUUCUGAACGUAGAUCACGAAGUGGCGUCAGGGAAUCAGGGCCUGAAGGAUCAAGUGAUGGCCCUGAGAUGGAUAAAGGAGAACAUCUCCAGUUUUGGUGGGGAUCCUGACAACGUCACGAUUUUUGGAGAAAGCGCUGGUUCAGCCUCCGUGCAUUAUCUAACAAUAUCUCCUUUGGCUGAGGGAUUGUUCCACAAGGCAAUCGCACAGAGCGGAGUAGCAGUUAAUCCAUGGGCUCUCGCAACCAUGGAUCCCAAGGAACGUGUGUACCAACUUGCCGCGAAACUUGGCGAGCAUUCGAUCGAACCCGAGGUUGUCGUCGAGUUUCUAAAGACGAUAGACGCGACGAAGCUCGUUGCCACCGAAAGGGAAUUGUUCACACCAUUGCAACGUCACGUCGAAUUUGGAGUAUUUCUCCCAAGUAUAGACGACAAAUCUCCAAAUCCGUUUAUGCCGCAGCAUCCGUCGGUCAUGAUGCAAAAGGGCGUUCAAGUUCCUUUGAUGAUUGGUUUCAAUAGCAACGAGGGCUCGAUGUUUCUGUCUCCAUUCCGACAAAACGAUACCGAGUAUCUCGUGGCGACCAGUGAGAAUUUCGAAGUGGUGAUGCCUCUGGAGCUGCGGACGCAAGUUAAGAAGCAUGGGAUCACUCCGAAAGAUGUGAAACGCUUGUACUUUGGAGACAAACCGGUUUGCGAGGAGACGAUACAGGAAUAUGCGGAUUACAUAAGCGAUGCUCUACUCCUUCAAGGCAUUUACGACGUGAUAGAUAUUCAAGUAGAGAAGGCUACGCAGCCCACAUAUUUCUACAAAUUCGUACUCGAUAUCGAUACGUGGACGAAACUCGCGUUUCACAUUACUCUUCCAGGAGCGAGUCAUGGAGAUGAUCUAGAGUUCCUAUUCUAUCCGUACAUGGCGCAAAAAUUUAACUUAGCGGCUCCGGAACCUGGUACUGAUAAGUAUCAAGUGAUGGAAUAUUUCACUACAAUGUGGACUAACUUUGCAAAAACUGGAAACCCAACGCCAAAGAUAACGGAUUUGAUUCCAACAAAGUGGAAACCCAUCGAGAAAUCAAAUACGUCUUAUUUGUAUCUGAAGAUCGACCGUACGUUGGAGAUGGAAAGCAGCAGUAAAGCAGCAGACAGAUGUAGGUUCGACUGGGAUAAAAGACUGAAACGCAAAUUAUAGUCGAGUUAAACUCAAUCAAUUGUUUACGUCAAUCGACUAAUUAAUCAGUUUCAACGGAAAGAGGAUAGCAUGAUUUAUCCUUCAUGGAUA